AUGCCGUUCCCAUCGCGCUCGAGCGCCCCGUGCCUCAGGAACAACCACGACGGUUCCUUCGUCCAGUUCUCCUCGGCCAGCAACAGCUGCUCCUCUUGCUCCAGCCUCGGCUAUCACGCCCCAACAGCUCCAAGAGAUCGUCAGCUCCGUAACCGCAGAAGUGACUCGACGCCUGCAAACUGUAGCAACUCCAGUGCCUGGUGUUCACACGCAGUCCCAUCGAGUUCUCCUUCUGGACCUGCUGCCUCAGUUACGGAAUCGCCUAUUGUCCGCAUCGCAGAGCAUGUUGCGACUCCUCCGACGGCUGUGGCGCAACUUGCUGUUUCCAACGCUCUUGGUUCGGCCCACGCCACAAUUUCAGGUGAGACAUUUUUGGCGCCUAAUUCUAGCCAUGUUCAACCAACGCAGGAAUAUCACUCUAUUAGUUUACCUAUAGACUGUCGGAUUUCCAUUAAACUUAAAAAUAAAAUUUGGAACGAUGAAUACAUUGAUUUCGGGUCUUUGUUGAGCAAUCCAAUGUCAGAUAACAAAUUCCAUUUGAGCUUUAGCUCUUCUGACGCCGGUUUACCACCAUCUCUUUCAGUAGAGCCGAUAAGUAAAGCCAAGAAAAUAACAAAUAUUUCUGUUUGGAUGAGUGCGUUUCGCAUUUUUGUAGGGGUUUAUGCUCAAAAGUAUCCUCAUGAGUCCCCCGCACUCAUGAAAUACGGGGACAUAGUACAGGACUUGGCAGAUCGGGGUCAAAAUUGGCGGUUCUAUGAUGAAAACUUUCGCUUUUUGCGUCAAACCCAGCGUAGUUUGUUGUCUUGGGCCAAUGUUCACUGGGAAUUGUGGCUGCGAUCGCAGCAUACUUCGCAAAAAUCACCCAGUACAAUGCAACGUGCCCCGUCUACCCUUUCUGGUAAGGGGCCGCAAAAUUCAAUUCCUCGAGGCUACUGCUUCAAGUUUCACAAAGGAGAGGCUUGUUCUGGGUGUGAAUUUAAACAUUCCUGUUUUAAGUGUGACGGCUUACACCCUGGCCUUAAAUGUAAUUUUCGUGGCCAACUCAGGCGAGAUUUUCCCAGACCAACCCGUAAUUCUGCCAAGUCAGGUGCUGCUCCCAACGCCAAUCAACCUAAAUCGGCUUGAGCCAUAUUUAAACGGCUAUUUUGCAGACAUAAUUUCUACGCUUUUUUCAGGUUUUACUCAUGGUUUUGCGUUACAUUUUUCUGGUAUUAUUAAUACCCAAGAAGGUAAAAAUCUGCCUUCGGCUUUAGCUAAUCCAACCGUGGUUGAUAAAAAACUUGCUAAAGAACUGUCAGCUCUCAGGCUUGCAGGGCCUUUUACUGCCGCGCCAUUUCACCCAUUUAGGGUUUCUCCGUUAGGUCUAGUCCCAAAAAAGACAAUAGGCGAAUUUCGUUUGAUUCACCAUUUGUCCUUCCCGCGCGGUUCUUCUGUCAACGAUGGCAUAGCUACCGAAAACACCAGCGUGCACUAUGCCACAGUUGCAGAUGCUAUUCGUUUAAUUAAACUCGCGGGACCUGGAUGUUUUCUUGCAAAAACCGACGUGAAGAACGCUUUUCGCAUUAUACCAAUUCGACCCUCCGACCAUUAUCUGUUGGGCAUGAAAUGGCGCGGACGGUAUUAUUUCGAUCGCUGCUUGCCUAUGGGUGCUGCCAGUUCUUGCAAAACCUUUGAAGUUUUUAGUACUGCGCUUCAAUGGAUUGCUCAACACAAACUCGAUACCGACUAUAUUUUACAUUUACUUGAUGAUUUUUUGCUUAUUUCGCCCUCUUAUGACUCCUGUCAGACUCAGUUACAUCGCUUUCUAGCAUUUUGUGCAUUUAUUGGUCUGCCGCUGGCCCAAGAGAGUACGUUAUUUUGAGGCACCUCGGGGAUAUGUGUUUAUUCACCUCGGCGCUGCGCGCCUCGGUGAAUAAAUCACAUAUCCCCUCGUUGCCUCAAAAUAACCUAUACUUAUUUGUACCAAAACCAAGAACGAACUACAGUAAGCGAAGUUUUAGUUAUAGCGGGGCAGUGUUAUGGAACGAGUUACCGCAAAAUGUACGAACAACAUGCUCCCUAAGUCAAUUCAAAAGAGCAAUUGACAAUCUGUUCUCUAUAUGAGAUGGACUCCCGCACGGCAAUCUUGUAAAUCAGUAUUUUAGUGUUUGGAUAAGUUUAAAGUGUAUAUUAAUUGUCAUAGCGUAAUUGUAAUUAUAUGUUAGUUAAUUAUCUUGUAAAAUGUUAUACUGUAGAUUUCACCGUGGUAAAAUAAAGUUUUUGAUUGAUUGAUUGCAGUGGCGCCGCCAGCGCUAUAAUAGGUAGUUUACGAUCUGCGACGCGGCCGGUUCGACGACGCGCUUUCAAAACAAAGAAAUUUGGUGUUUUCACAAACAAUAGUAUUAUGUGUUUUAUCGCCAUGCAAACCUACAAAGAACUUACAAAGAAAUUUGUCAUGCAAGACGAAAACUGUCAAUAAUUUGUGGUUCCAUGAGUAUUGUCAACCGCGUUGUCAUUCUCAACACAACGUUAAAAAAGCAUUAUUACGUCUUUCAGGCAACGCGAAAGCUUGAUGCGACACAAGAGGUGUUAACUAAAAGUCGAAAUUACAGCAAACAUUGCAUCGCUUUAGCCGAACGUAGCAUUAUGUAAGGUUAUUUGAAAGAAUCAAAUAUUUUUAAUAGCCUGCGAACAGGCUCUCAAGCUGAAUUGAGAGCCUGCAUCGAUGACUAAUGAAUUUGAAUAUCUGCCCCGUAACGUUCGUUUUUCCAAAUAUGGAAUGUCUAUCCUUAUAUGGCGUUGUUUACAACUUUCGUGCAAACUAAAUUUAGACCGUGCAAACUAAAUUUAGACCGUACAGUUUGUACUGUUAUUCGAAAUAUAAGAUAUUCAAGCAAAAGUUUAAAUGUUUUAAAUACUGUUUUCUCGAAACAGAACACUUCGUGCUUUGAGAUAAGAUGGCCAAGACCAAUUUGAUCAGUUAAUGUGUUUUUUAUGCAUAGUGCUUCAGCAGUUGACAUAUAUAGAGCUCAGCGGAAACAUAUAAAUUAUAGCAUCUGACCAAUGAGAAUUUCGCGUCACGAUUUGAGACGCAGAUAUUCAAAUUCAUUAGUCAUCGAUGCAGGCUCUCAAUUCAGCUUGAGAGCCUGUUCGCAGGCUAAUAUUUUUAACAGCUUAGCGCUCAUCCUUGACCUAAAAUUUAGACCGCGUCGUUGAGCCGGCCGCGUCGCAGAUCGUAAACUCUUUAUUAGCGAAUAUUCAUAUAUUUGUGUUCACAGACCAUAAAAACAAUCGAUUUCAAAAGAAGUUAAUAAUGCAGAACACGAAGAUAUGAAUAUUCGCCCCCCCCCCCCAAUUAUCGAGCUGGCGGCGCCACUGAUUGAUUGAUUGAUUGAUGAACUUGAUCUAAUCAAUACGCCGCUUUUUUGGGCAGUGAUUUUUAUCGGAGUAAGUAUUUUGCGUACUGACAAUUAAUAAGCAACGUCUAUACAAGGUGUCCAAAGAAAAGUCCCCCUUUAGAAAUCACUCUUGUGCGUUAUCGUAUACCUUUGGGAAUUUAAUUUAAUUGUACAUGAACGGCGGAAGUAUUUACAACUUCCCUUCGUCCAAAUAAUUUAACACUUCGGCCGGUCGCACUUUGCGUUAACGUAUAAGUUGUUACGACAAAUACUCGCUGCUCUGUAGUCAGUUGAACCAUUCCUACUCGAACUGACGGUAAGACGAAUUUGUAAUUUGACAUUUUUGUGUUGUUGUUCGUUUUAGAUGCUAUUUUAAAUUCCCAAUUUAAAGAAUGGCUAAUUUGAAUUUGAAAUGGUGUACAUUUUUUUGAUACACCCUGUAUAGCCAUAGGCUGAAACGCCAAAAUAUUGGGAAUUUAAUUAUUCGACAAAUGCAUUCAUUUAGCCAAACAAGACAGGAUGGAAUUCCUCUCAGGUAUUGAUGGAUAUUAUUAUGCACAAACAAACAUCAAAAUCGUUUUUUAGAUUGUUCAGAGCCAGUUGCGCUAGGCAUGGAAUUGGGUUCAAUAUUGGAUGGUCAAAUUACAGCCUCGAGCAUGUCUGAAGAUGGGGAUUUUACUCCUACAUAUUCCAGGUUAAAUCGUCCAGGUGGGUUUAAACCUACAUCCACAGUGACACAGCAAUGGUUGGAAGUUGACUUUAAGGUAAAUCCACUGAUGCUAAAUGUAAAGUAAGUUUAGGUGGUGUUAUUCGUCCUCUAUCUUGUGGUAAUUAGAUUUACAACUGAGUAAAUUGAACUGUGCAGUUAUAUACAAAAUACAAAACAACAAUAACUCCAAAAAGGAACAUUUUAAUAUUCUAGCGUUCGACUACGUUUUAGUCAUCAUUAUAGGAAUGAUGCUAUGGGUUACAUUACAUUGAUAUUUAUUGGUACAUAUUUAUACAGUACAAAUCAGUGCAGACAUCGUCAGUGCAGCUUGGUCCACGUCUAGAUCGGUGAAGCAUUCGCUAUUUAUAUCACAUGAGCUUGCUCUCAACAAGGCAUGGGGCCUAUAUAUAUAUAUAUAUAUAUAUAUAUAUAUAUAUAUAUAUAUAUAUAUAUAUAUAUAUAUAUAUAUAUAUAUAUAUAUAUAUAUAUAUAUAUAUAUAUAUAAAGUAAGCGUAAAAGUGUCGCGAAAAAAUUAAGGAAUAAUAUUAAUAAUAAUAUUUAAUAUUUAUAUUGUGCAAAUUAACAUGUUAUAGUAUAUGAUCAAGGAAAAUACGAUUCAGCAAUAAAAAUAGAAUCAUAUAGAAACAUAAACCAUUAAACCACACAUAUAUUUUAUAGUCUAAGGCAAACAUCAGACUAGUAAGAAAUAAAUAACUUUAAAAUGUAAAUGUUAACAACAGAAUGUCAUAAUUACAAUUGCAAAAUGUACAAUGUUAACAAAACUUUAACAAUAUUUCACAUGCAUAUAUGCAUUUGCUGUACUAUUGUCAAUUGUCUGAGCAAAUCAGUUUGAAUCAGUUAUACCACGGUCAAUAGAACCACAGAAUAAGUACACACCGAGAUCUCAGUGAUUCAGAUUAAUUUAGCGUAAGGGAUUUUUUCGGUACGCCAUGUUUUUAGGAAGAGCCCUAACGAGAGGCAGUCAACCCCCUGAAAACAUAUUGAAAUUUAAUCUUCCAGGGCCUCUCUUUAGGGCACUUGCUGAGAACAUGGCCGCUAUCUAUUUUGGUAAAAAUUACCUUACGGUUUUCCCUCAGAAAUGAAACCUCUGUAUGUAAGUACUCUGCAUGCGAUGAAACUGAGAGGUAAUACGUAUAACUAUCAAAUAUAGACAUUAAGUUAUAUAUUAUAUAAUUUUAAUAAAAUAAAUAAUUUGCCUUCUAAUUAAUUUCGCGACACUUUUACGCUUAUUUUCGUAAAAACGAUGUAAAUGAAUAUUUUAGGGGGAUCUUUGUUUUCGUAAUUACAAAGACCGAUCGCGAAGACCCAUCUUAGGUCUUCAUUUUCGUAGGUCUUCGUUUUCGGAACGCCCGGACUAUAACUGUUAACCUGCCAACAUUCAUGGGCGAUAUAUACUAAAACAGGACCACACUGUUAACUUGCUUUUAUAGUAAGGGAAAUACACAAGACCAAAAUAUAUUUAGGGGAAAAUACGGAGCACCAAACUGUUAACCUGGUGUUAUAUCAGACUGUUAUAUCUUAUUUGAUAUGGUAGUUUGACUAUUAUCUUCUGUAUGUGCCUUAGGCACUUCCAGUUUUUGAAGCACUUCCAAUUUCGUUCAAUGGGUGCGGUAGCCCUCCAGCACUCAGAGAUUCUGGAAGAUAGUGAUUUUACUGUAUAUACUGUGACUCUUGGAACACCGUAUGGCGCUGGGUAUAGAAAAGCUUUAUUUGGAAAUUUACGUAUUUUUACAAUUUUUUGUAAAGGUCGUUACAACAGUGAGCUCAAUCAAUACUCAAGGAUGGGAUGGCUACUGGGUGACAAAUUUCCAAAUGUCUUACAGUAAUGAAGAGAAUAAUUUCGUAAAAUUAAAGGCGGUCGGUGGAGAAGACUUGGUGAGACAUUUUAUUCUAAUUUCAACUGGCAAGCCAAGCCCGUUCCACUCAUGCACACGUGAUGUUAUUUUCAAAAAUAUUGUAAUAAUUUGAAGCUAACGAUUUCGCAAAGCAGCUAAAGCAGAACAAACAAACGAACGAAGACGAAAGAAAAAACAAAGAAACAGGAAAACAUUGAAUUAAAUAAACAAACAAAGAAAAAAGCAAGGACCAAGAAACAGACAAAAGAGUGGACAAACAAACUAAAAAGCACAACACUUAUUGGAUGUAAUAAUUUUCUUUUUAGUAACGACCAGAAGGCUUUUUUUACAAUUUAUUAAAUUUGUUAUAAAAAAAAGCCUUCUGGUCGUUACUAAAAAGAAAAUUAUUACAUUUAAAUGAGGCUUAGAGAAAGUUCGCUUCUAAUCACUUAUUGGAUGUUUAUAUAUAGACGCGUUCAAAAUGCGUUGGACAGCCAUUAACGCUAACUCUGGGUUAAAAUUGAAUCUCAUGCUUAUUUGGUUUUUGCAUAUUUCUACACAAUCAUCUGCUGCACAAAACUUCUUUUGAUCCAGACAAGAUUUCUGAAGAAAUAUUUCCGAGUUUAUAAACAAGCUGUUGGGGAAUUUGCUUUGAAAUUUAGGUUAACAUAGUGUUAAGCUAACCAGCUUUCGAAAUGAGCAUACAAGUAUACGUACAAGCAACAGACAAACGAAAAACAAACAAACAAGUGAAAAAACAAACAAACAACCAGGGACUGAAAACAAACAAAACAGACAAGAAAAAAAAAUCUAACCAACAUCUAAGUAGACAAAAACGCAAUCAAGAUGUAUACGCUUAAAUAUAAUAAUCAAUUCCAGGUUAUAAUUAAUGCUUAUUCAUUUUAUAUCUUAGACUUUUACUGGAAAUACAAACGUAUCAGCCGUGUCUACCACCUUCACUCCUAACAUUAUAGCUCGAUAUGUAAGGUUUUUACCGACAGAAUGGUACGACGGUCAUCCCUAUGUUCGGUUGGAAUAUUAUGGCUGUUAUGGGG